AUGAAGAUUCCAGUUUUGUUCUCAUUCAUUCUCGUUUCUGUAUCAGGUAGUUUACUUUCAUUUGGGGGUUGUGGUUCUAAAAGCAAGACUAAUGAGGGCGAAGCGAGUGUAGCAGCUAAGAAUGAUAAAGCUGAAGGUAGAGCAAAUACGGAGGUUAAUAAUGAAGUGGUAGAGGCAGCCGCCUCUACUGUAAGUGGAGAUACUACAGACACAUCCGCAAUUGACAUUUCAAGACCUGAAACGUUCACUGCUUAUGGAACUGGUUUGGGAACAGAUGGUGUGGAAUUAAAAACUCUCCAUCCAGGAACUGGCAUCCGUGCAACUCGUGUUUUAGACAAUGGAGUAAAGGUCUGGGAAGGUUCUGGAAAAGAGAAAUGCCAAACAGUGGAGUUUUAUUCUAAAGGAGGCUCCAAGUUGUUAAGGCUUUUAAUUGUGGUAGAAAGUUCUUAUAACACUGGUCAUGUCUAUUAUGAGCAUGUUAAUGAGAAGUGGAAGAACAUCAAAAAGGGAGUUGACUUUGAUAAUAAACUUGAAGAGUUGAAAAAAUCAGAGAACAAUUUGUCCAUUACUCCUGGGCAGGAAUCUCUAGAGCAAGAAGAAUCUUUAGAAGUCAUUCCUACUGCUCCUGAUUUCAAAUCCAAACUUGACUCUACCCUGCUUAUUGUAAGAGAGUACACUGUUGAUGGUCUAUUCUAUUUGACCUGUACACCAAAUUCUAAUACCAAGGUUGAAAAACUAAAGUAUGAUGGAACGGAGAUAUGGUCUGGUAGUGCGACAAUUAAGAAGUCUUCAAACUUAGUGGAUGCUAUGAUAUACUUUGAUGAUAAUGCUCCAGCAUUAAUUGUAAUCCAUACCAUUAAAGGAGACGAAAGGUCUACGGUUUAUAGAUACCAUGAUGGUAAGCAGUGGAAGGAUACUAAAGAAGAUGAUCAUAAUAGUAGGCUGACCGCUCUAAAGAAGAAGUAUAACCUGAGGGUAUUUUAG